CAGAUGUCUCAAAUUUUGAGGGAGUGUGCAAUUGGCAUGCUGACUGCAGGAAUGCCCACCAGAGCUGUUGCCGGAGAACAUCCAUUUCUCUACGAUAAGCUGCCAUCCCAGGCCCACCCAUGACUGCACCCCUGUCCAGUCAUGGGAAAUCCACAGAUUAGGGCCUAAUGAAUUUAUUUCAAUUGACUGAUUUCCUUAUAUGAACUGUAACUCAGUAAACAUUUUGAUAUUGUUGCAUAUUGUGUUUAUAUUUUUGAUCAGUAUAUGCAGUAUAUGUAAUAGUCACCAGCUGAGAGUCUGCUAACAUGUGAAGCUACCUGUUAUGUCGGGUUGCAGUUUAGAUGGAGCUGGGUUGACGAAAUUAUUUAGCUGGUUCUACUCUAAAAAUGCAUGGAAUUUAUAGCCAAUCACAACAGACCAGAAUCACCUCUUAGAGUAUGAGCCUUUUGAAGUUGAUUUGACAAUGUGUCAGACUGGCAAUUAUGGCUGAGGCUGUUAGCACAUCAAUGUCAAAUCAGUUAUUAUUUUGAUACGUCUCAUAACAUAAGUCCUAAAACCGUAUUUUCAUCAAACGUUCCUUCAAGACUGCAUCUAAACUGCGGUGUACUUUGUAUCUUUUAUAUAUGACGGCUUGGCUGUUUCUGUUGGGUUUUUGUUGUUGAAAGACUGAGAUAGUAACAGUACUUGAGAUACAACAACAUGUGCCAAAGGAAUUACUUAAUUGCUAUCUGUCCUGGAAUGAACCGGAUAAGCUGGAUAAACUUUGAUCACAGGUAGGGCCUAAAUUGUAUUAGAUAGCAAUUUAAACCUAACUUCCCUGUAGUGGGUUGGAGAACACGAAUAGAAAGGGAUAAAGGACACGGUUGUAAUGACACAUGUACACAUGUACAGUCGCUAUUUCAUACUGUACUCUGAAGAGAUUGGCCUUUACCUAACUUCAUCUGAGGAAGAGGAUGACCCAGCAGGGACCUACAGCAGCUAUGGAGGAAAAGCUCAGCUGUCCCAUCUGCUUUGAGUUCUUCCAGGACCCAGUGAGUCUGAAAUGUCAACACAGCUUCUGCCGCAGCUGCCUGGAAACACCAACAAGGAUUCAACAAAAGCAGCGCAAGUGCCCAGUCUGCAGGGGAAGGAAUUCCAUAGACAAUAUCCAGCCCGCAAUGUCUAAUAUGAAACUGAGGAACAUAGUGGAGGCCUACCUGCAGAGAGAAGAGAAGAAGGGGAGUGGGGGGAGAGCAGUGGGUCUUGUGGUGUGCGCCAGACAUAAUAAGAAGCUCAGGUUUUUCUGUGAGGAAUGUGAGGAACUUGUUUGUGCUGUGUGUGUGGAGACCGAGCGGCAUGCCAAGCAUAAACACCAGCCAGUGAAGGAGGAAGCGCAAUGGCGUAAGAGGGAAAUCACUUCAUUGAUCUACAACCUUCCUGAGAAACUGGAACUGGACAUAAAGCAAGCGAGAGCCACAAGAAAGUGUGCAGCACAAUACAUCAAGACCCAGGCCCAAACCACAGCAGGACAGAUCAAGAGUGAGUUUGCUAACCUCCACCAGUUCCUGAGAGUUGAGGAGGAGGCCAGACUGGCAGCUUUGAAACAGGAGGAAGGGAUGAAGACAGGGUUACUGACCGAGAGGAUCGCCCGUCUUGCCAGCAACAUGACCUCACUCCCAGGGAGGAUCUCAGACAUACAGACCAAGAUGAAGACAGAUGACAUCUCGUUUCUACAGAUGUACAAGGACUUGAAAGACAGGGCCAAGUAUACAUUGCAGGAUCCAGAGCCUGUAUCGGGGGCACUGAUAGACGUGGCCCAACACUUGGGAAACCUGAGGUUCAAGGUCUGGAAGAAAAUGCAAGAGAUGGUGCAAUACACCCCUGUGACCCUGGAUGUGAAUUCAGCCCACCCUGAUCUACUGAUCUCUGGGGUCCUCCUGGAGGUGAGUGACAGACGAUCAUCCCAGCCUGUGCCUGAUAACGCGGAGCGAUUCGACAGCUCAGUGAGCGUGCUGGGCUCUGAAGCCUUCUACUCAGGCAUUCACAGCUGGGAGGUGGAGGUGGGGCCUAAGAAGGCCUGGACCCUGGGAGUGGCCAAAGAGGGUGUGGCCAGGAAGGGCAAUGUGAUGGUCAGCCCAGAGGGUGGGAUCUGGGCAAUGGGGCUGUGGAACGGGGAGGAGUAUAGCGCUGGAACCUCCCCGUUGGGUACCCCUUUGGUCCUGAGUAGGAAACCCCAGAACGUCAGGGUCAAGUUGGACUAUGAGAAAGGAGAGCUGUCCUUCUAUGACUCCAGUGACAUGUCACUCAUCUAUAUGUUCGAACAGAGGUUCACAGAGAGACUGUUCCCCUUCUUCUCUCCCUGCCUUAACUCCGAUGGCACUAACCCUGGAGUACUGAGUAUCUGCCCUGAGAAGGUGUUUGUGACUGUGACACCUGCUCACUAAGGAUCUGUUCUGGUGAUACUACUU